AAAAAUGUUCAGUCAAAUAAUCAUAAAAAAAAGCCUCCUGUGCAUGCAGGGAGGAGGCCAUGAGUAGGAAAUAUUGUCAAAAAUAAUUAAAAAUCACUAAUCUCAUCGAUAAAUAUAUAAUAACUAUGAAAUAUCAUAUCUCCUUCUCAACGGUCUUUCUCGCAGCAUUAAUUUUUCUCGUCCUCCUAGUAACCGAAAGUCAGGCGAAAUCCACAAGACGCGAUUUAUGUCGAUCUGCAAGUUACAAGCCGCUCUGCAGAGCAACUCUAAGGGGAAUUUCCGAUCCAAGAAAAGCGAUUGAAGCUUCAAUAAAACGUGCUAUUUUUAAAACCAAAUCUGCCAUAGUAAUGUCAAGAAAAAUGCGUCGUAACGAAAAUUAUGACAUUUGCAGAGAAAAUUACGAUGAUGCGAUUUCAGAUCUUCAGGAUUCGAUCAGAAAUUUGAGAAAAGGCGAUAAAGCUACGCUUACGACGAAUCUCUCAGCUGUUAUUAGCUAUUACUCAACUUGUGAUGAUGCAUUUGAAGAAAUGGAUGAGAAAAGUCCUCUUACUAGGGCUAAUAUGAUCCUUGAACACAUGGUUGAUAACGCCUUGUCGAUUGUUCCUCUUAUGCGUUGAUUUAAUUUAUUAUUAUUCAAUUAAUUUUGGAGGCUAAUUUUAUAAUUUA